AUGGUCGCUCAAAAGAGACAAAAGUCAUGCGCUGCCUGUAUUGCUGCGAAGCGCAAGUGUGACAAAGCUCGGCCGUUCUGUCGACGCUGUGAGGACAAGGGCUUGGACUGCCGCUAUGCCGUCUUGAUCCGACGCGCCGUUGCCAAAUCAAGUCCAUCAGAUGAACCAAGCCACGUUUACUUCCUCAACACCCAUGUCUCGAGUCUAUCCGCCUCUGCCUCCUCAAAGCUAUGGUUCAUGACCCCUGAAACAUGGAACAUUGAAAGGGCCAACCCCAGAGCUCCCCAAAUACCCAUACCCGUCUUCAGAACCUUUGUCCGACGGCUGCAGAACUGGCUCGUUCAAUGGAUCCAUGACGGCCAAUGCCCUUUUAUACACCGCCAACUGUACGCCGAUGGCUUCUUCCCAUCGUGUAUGCAGGACGCAUUCUCGUCCAUCAGCAUCCAACAGUCAUGUAAUACCAACAACCAAGACUUGACUGCUCGCAUUAUCCAGGACCGAGCAAACUCGCUCAUCAAGAACAACUGGAUCGAAGUGGGGAGCAGCAAUCUCAUGUCAGUAACGGUGCCUGUACUCGACACCUCCCAGCAUCUAGCACGCGUUCAGGCAUUGCUCAUAUACCAGAUCCUCCGCCUCUUCGACAAGGGCGUCUGGCAGCAGACUCGCGCCGAAGAAUCCAUACCAACGCUGCUCUCGUGGUGUCAGCAGAUGUGGGAUUCGGCAACCUUGGAUAGCAUCACAACCUCUCAAGCCACACCAGACUUUAUCGUGAAUGAAAACAACCAACAAAACGACUCCAGCAGCAGUAAUUCCACCCCUCGACUCUGGAGGCUCUGGAUCUUGUCCGAGAGCAUCCGCCGGACGUGGCUCGCCGUCAUGGCCACCAUCUCGGCCUACCGCACAAUGAAGGACGGCUGGUGUGAAUGUGCUGGCGGCAUUCAGUUUACCGCGCGUCGAUCCCUGUGGCUCGCGUCGACUUCGUCUCAGUGGGCGACCAUCUGCCGGACCGAAGACCCCUUGUUUCUGCCGUACUUGGGCAGCCGUGCAACGCUGGAGGCGUGUGAUCCCAACGAAAUGGACGAGUUUGGAUUCAGCUUCUUUUCACUGGUCUGGGGACCGGAGUGGGUGGAGUGCUGGAGGGAGGGUCAUGGAGUGAGGCCAUUGGCUGCCUGA